UAACCCCUCCUGCACCAGACCUCCCCCACAGCCAGCACAUUACACCCCCCACUGUGCUGCACGGAAGACACAGGAAGGAUCACAUGACCUCCCGAGACCACCUGACUGCUACGUCAUCAGACCACCGGCAGCUCCGGGAGACAGAGCAAACAUGGCGACCUCCGGCACCAAAAGGAAACUGUGCAUCUUGACUUUACGGGACAGAAUCUCGGUUAUCAAGGAGAGUGAAGCGGGGCGGUCCCAGCGGGACCUGGCCAAGGAGUUUAACUGCAGUAAGACGCAGAUCCAGGCUACUCUGGCCAACAGGGAGCAUUACCUGAGACAGUGGCAGGAGAAUGUGAACGAGAACUCAAAGAGACGGCGCUGGCAGCCAUACGAGGACGUGAACAAGGCGCUGCUGGAUUGGCUCUACCACGCCCGCUCUGAACACUUCCCGAUAAGUGGCCCCAUGCUGCAGGAGAAGGCCCUACAGAUUGCCUCCCAGCUGGGCCUUCACCGCUUCCAUGCCAGUAACGGAUGGCUGAAUAAGUUCCGGACGCGACACAACAUAGUUUUUCACCCCAUUGCUGGCGCCACCAUAGAGAUGAGAGAGGAGGAUGGCGCGGUCUCGAAGGACCAGCUGCAUGUCAUAGCGGCGGGCUAUGCUGACAGCGACAUCUACAACAUGGAUGAAACAGGCCUUUUCUUCAAAGCCAUCCCGGACAAGACCCUAACCGUGAGAAGUGCCCAGUGCCAGGGCGGGAACUGGGCAGAACAAAGACUGACCGUGGCACUGUGUGCCAACCUGUGCGGAGACAAGGAGCCGCCGCUGGUGAUCCACACUGGUACAGGACACCCCCACAGCACCGAGGCGCUGGGCAUAUGGCGGCAUACUAACAGGAAGGCGUGGAUGACACCUGAGAUCUAUCACUCAUGGCUGGAGAAGCUAAACGAGAGAAUGCGGCUGCAGGACAGAAGGAUUCUGCUCUUUGUAGAUGGCGCUCCCUGUCACUGCGCAGAAAAGCUGUCACAUGUGGAGGUGACGCUGCUCCCAACAAACGGCACACCAUGGUCAUCACCAAUGUGCCAAGGUGCCAUCCGUGCCUUCAAGAUCCAUUACCGGAAGAAGCUGCUGCGCUCCUUACUGGCCCGGAUGGAUGACGCCCGGCCAGUGCACGUGCUGGCUGAGGGCAUCACUAUGGUGGACGCGCUGAGCUGGGUGAAGAUGGCAUGGGAUGAAGUAAAGCCAGAGACCAUCACACGGGGUUUCCUACAGAGCGGCUUUGUGCCAACGGUGGAUGUCAGCCAUGAUGAUGACGAAGAUCUCGCCCGCUCUCUUGCCAUUUUAAACCAACUUGGUAAAGCUGUCGAUGUGAGCAUCGACUUAGAAAAUAUCGAUGAAAAUGUGGAUUGCUUUAGCAGGGAGGAGGAGGAGGACCCCCACAGUGACCCCCCGGCCAGUGACCUGGAGGCUCCUCUGCCGGCUGAGCCGAUGGCCUUGGAGGACGCUCUCUCCAGUAUCCGCCGCCAUCGGGCUCUUGCUGCAGGGCUGGGCAGUCCGCUCCUCAUGGACUCCCUGCUGCGGGUGGAGGCCGAGUACGAGAACAUCAUUGUGGCCAAAAAGUUCAAUCAUCCCUAGAAAAAACUACUACAGCAGAUGGUGCAACCAGAAACUACAACCCCCAGCAUGUCCUGACUGGGGGGAAGAGCCUCAGCAGAGACAGCAGUAGACUGUGUGAUACUCAUGUUCCCAGUGCUUGGUUCCCCCAGAUAAUAUGUAUGGCAGAACUACAACUCCCAGUAAACAAAUGGUAAAAGGCAGAGUGGACCCAGCAUGCAUGUGGAGCCAACACCUCCUGAACUUUAUGGCGCACAACAGGCAGUAUCUAGAGUUAGGACCCGUCUUACAGCGAUCGCCCUGACCUCCGGCAGACGGGCUCCGAUGGUUUGUACAAAAUGUAUUUGCCAAGCGUCUCCCUUUUAUAAAUAAGCGCAGCAAUAGCACUUGGAUGGUUUGUGUGACUAUGGCAUUAUUGUACUGGUCUGCGGGCGCUGCUGCAUUGUCUCUUCUCCACAACUCCCAGUAUACGCUGUCGCCGGGGCUUCCAUGGGGGGCUAGCAGCAAGCGCUAUCUGUGCUUCAUAUAUUAUUACUGACAGACGAACCGGGCUGAGCUA